UCUUGGUAUGCCCAACCGUUACCAGUUUGCUUUCCUCGCAUCGUUCGUUGGCGUAUUAUCGGGUCUCUUCCUCGUCUCCAACUUCAUCAAAGCAAAACUUAAGGCCGCAGGCUACGAUCCCGCUCAGCUCAUUCUCAUUGGUCUUCCCAAGGACGAGAACAGCACACCGUCGCCUCUGCCUUCUUGGCUGUCUUCUGAGAAUUCCGAAAUGUUCGCCCAACUGUUUGCUCUGGUUCUCGCCGCGUUGACGUCAGCCGCUAUCUUCUACAAGUUUGGCAUGAAGAGGAAGCCAGCGCUGAACCCGGACAAAUGGCAGGAGUUCCAGCUGAAAGAGAAAGUUAUCAUUUCCUCGAACACUGCUAUCUAUCGCUUCGCUCUGCCUCAUCCCCAAGAUGUUCUCGGCCUCCCCAUCGGCCAGCACAUCUCCGUUCAAGCUGAGAUCAACGGCAAGGAUAUCAUGCGCAGCUACACUCCCACCAGCAGUGACGACGACCUUGGUCACUUUGACCUACUCGUCAAGGCUUAUGAAAAGGGUAACAUCUCUCGGUACAUUUCUCUGCUCAAGAUUGGCGACAAGAUUCGCGUCAAGGGACCCAAGGGCCAGUUCACCUACUCGCCAACGCUUUCCCGCCACCUCGGCAUGAUCGCAGGUGGCACUGGCAUUACACCCAUGCUCCAAAUCAUCCGUGCUGCGCUCAAGAAUCCGGCGGACAGGACGAAGCUGAGCCUCAUCUACGCGAACGUCAACUUCGAGGACAUUCUACUCAAGAAGGAGCUCGACCUUCUCGCUCAGAACCACAAGGACCGCUUCACGGUAUACUACGUCCUCAACAACCCUCCCGCGAGCUGGAACGGCGGCGUCGGUUUUGUGUCGAAGGAGCAGAUCCAAGAGCACAUGCCAUCCUCGAGCGAGGACAUCAAGGUCCUCAUGUGCGGGCCGCCGCCGAUGAUGACAGCCAUGAAAAAUGCCUUGCAGAGCUCGGCUACCCUGCGCCGCGCACGGUCAGCAAGCUCGUAGACCAGAUCUUCCUCUUCUGAGUUAGAAGAUUUCAGAUAUGCGUGUGCUAGAAUCUAUGUGAAUACGAUUUAA